UUGGAAGGAAAUAAACUUGUGUUAAGUCACUAUGAUUAUGGUAAUUUGUUACACAGUAGUGGAAAAAUAGUACAAUCAGUGGGGGCAGGGUGUAGAUUCCAUUUUCAGCAGCAGCAAAAUACAUAUUAGCCACAAUAAGAAAUAUAUAUGAUCUAUAUAAAGAAAAUCACAAAAUUUUACUGAUGCAUAAAAAAAGGAUUUGGAAAAAUGGGGAUAUAUAUUAUGCCCCUAAAUGGGAAGAUCAAAUAUUUUAAAGAUGUAAAUCUUAAAGGAGUUUUUAUGACAGAUAAGAAAUGUAUUAAUAGUUCAAUAAGAAAAAAAAAGUACAACAUUUGAACAGAGAAUAUGUGGAACAUUUGGAAAUCUUUGGGAAAGCUCACUGUGGAAAUAGCACCCAGGACCCUAAACGAAUCCAUAAUCUCUAACUGGAACUAAAAUCUAUAACAGUAGAAUGGGCUAAGUUUUAGACCAAGAAAACUCAACUGGACUGAGAAAGUAAGUUCCAGAGGUGGUAGGGUCAAUGACUUUGCAAACCCACGGAGGCACAGAAGCAUAGAGACAGUGCAGUUAACCAAACUCAGUGUGGGGGUACUUUUGUGAUAAUUUUAGGACCUUGGAGACAGGAUAUGUGAAAGCCCUUUGUGUGCUGUAAAGCAUUUAUACAUUAUUACAGGUUACCUUUGAAAUAUAGAUAAUGAUAUCUGGCUUAUCAUACAGUGUAAUUUGAUUAAUUAUGUGGAUGUGUAGUUUCAAAACGCAUGGAUACAGGAUCAGCUCUUUGCUUUACACAGAGGAGGACCAUCUGAAGUCACUGGGUGACAGCAGGGCCAAGGGCAGCAGGAAUUGUGAUUGGAUAGGAGACAGGCUCUGGAGGUGCCGUCCUCUCCUCUCUAGCCUGUAGACUGCUGCCACCACAGUGGUUUGGUGACAUAUGGGCAUCAGCUGGCACCUUAUUCAGCUUCACACAGGGCUGGUUUCAUGUGUGAGCGACUACGUGGCUGCACUUAAAAGGGUCCCAUGCUUGGUGCGUUGCUCUAUUGACACUGUUUUGAAAUUCUUAAUAACUUUUUAACAAAGGACCCCGCAUUUUUAUUUUGCAUUGGGCCCCACAUAUUAUGUGGCCAGUCCUGGCUUUAGAACUCACUUGUAUUUUUGCUUCGUAUGACAAACAGGGACAAAAUUUACCUGUAAUUAGGCACUGACCCAGGAGUGAGCAUUCCUAGAACUGCCCUGACCUGCCCCGCUGCGAGACUGUUCCUUUUUUUUUAACAUUCGUCUGUCGGGCCGCUGGCUGGGUCUCUAAAAAGAACCCUGCUGAGUUGGACUUGACCUCAGCAGCAUUGCCAUUCUGUCAGCAACUUCCAUGUUGUUACAGGUGUGGCAAGACUUUUGUCCUGCCUGAUUCCAGCCAGUGGUGUGUAGAGAAACUCCUGCUCCAACCUCACCCUACCUGGUGGGUGGCCUGGGUCCCUGAGGAUGCUUUCUUCCAGAAUGGACAAAGGAGGACAGAUGAAAGGAGGACAGAGGGGGUUAGAAAAAGAUAGUAUCAAUCAGAGGUGGAGAAUGAUUACUCAAAAAUGAACGUCUACCACUGAAUGUUGCUUCACCUCCCUCAGCCUGUUUCCUCAUCUGUGAACCGGCCAAGCCGAGGCGGUACCAGCCCCCACAGGAUUGCCAGGGAACAGAGGGUGUGUGUAAAAGACUUUCCGUGGUUCCUGGAGCUUAGUAAGUGUUAUUUAUCAUGAAACAUGGAUUCUUAAUUCUUUGGGUCAUGGGGCCCCGGGAAAACCUGAUGAUACCUAUGGUUUCUCGCCUGCCUCCCGCCCCUAAAAGUCAUCUUCCAAAAAAGAGCUUGCCGACACUGCCAGGGUUUGACAAGGUUGAUAAGGUGCCGGGGUCGAAGGCAGUUCCUGGACCCAGGUGAAGGCACGUGUCUCUACAAUGAUCAUUUAGGCGGUGCUGGCUCCACUGUCAUCCUUAAGCCUCCACCUGCAGCUCCCCGACCGCGGCCACCGGGUCCGACUCUGCAAGCGGCUUCUGCACGGCCCCGGCGGGGGUCCGGGCGGGCUGAGCGGAGGCAGCAGGAGGGGGCGGGCCAGGCUCUCGGCCCGCCCCUGGUCGGGCUCGGGGUGGGGGGUCCGGCCUAUUACCGGAUGGAAACUGCGGGUGUCCAGGGGGCGGGAGGGAGAGGGGGAGCGAGGGAGGUGCGCGGGUGAAAGGCGCAUUGAUGCAGCCUGCGGCGGCCUCCGAGCGCGGCGGGGCCAGACUCUGAGCGCGUCCCGGCUGCCGGGUCUCCUCCUCCUUGUCCUGCUCCGCGCGCCCCGGGGCCGCCGCGCGCCAUGCGCCCCCAGGGCCCCGCCGCCGCCUGCUCGCAGCGGCUCCUCGGUCUGCUGCUGCUCCUGCUGUUGCAGCUGCGGACGCCGUCGAGCGCCUCCGAGACCCCCAAGGGGAAGCAAAAGGCGCUGCUCCGGCAGAGGGAGGUGGUGGACCUGUAUAAUGGAAUGUGCUUACAAGGGCCUGCAGGGGUGCCAGGGCGAGAUGGGAGCCCUGGGGCCAAUGGCAUUCCUGGUACCCCCGGGAUCCCAGGUCGGGAUGGAUUCAAAGGAGAAAAGGGGGAAUGCCUGAGGGAAACCUUCGAGGAGUCGUGGACACCUAACUACAAGCAGUGUUCAUGGAGUUCGCUGAAUUAUGGCAUAGAUCUUGGGAAAAUUGCGGAGUGUACAUUUACAAAGAUGCGUUCGAACAGUGCUCUGAGAGUUUUGUUCAGUGGCUCGCUUCGGUUAAAAUGCAGAAACGCAUGCUGUCAGCGUUGGUAUUUCACGUUCAAUGGAGCUGAAUGUUCAGGACCUCUUCCCAUUGAAGCUAUAAUUUAUUUGGACCAAGGAAGCCCAGAACUGAAUUCAACAAUUAAUAUUCAUCGCACUUCUUCUGUGGAAGGACUUUGUGAAGGAAUUGGUGCCGGAUUAGUGGAUAUUGCUAUCUGGGUUGGUACUUGUUCCGACUACCCAAAAGGAGACGCCUCUACUGGAUGGAAUUCAGUAUCCCGAAUCAUUAUCGAAGAACUACCAAAAUAAAUUCUUUAAUUUUCAUUCUCUACCUCUUUUUUAUUAUAUCUUUGAAUGGUUCAUUUUAGUGACAUUUUAUAUAAUUUUUAUGUAUACAUCUGAAAGAAAAACAAGGCUAACGUGUUUACAGACCAAAGUGUGAUUCCACACUGUUUUUAAAUCCAGUAUUAUUCAUUUUUCUUCAAUCAAAAUGGUUGCAGGAUUUUGUAGUUGAUUAGAAUACUUUCUUCAUAUUCCCAUUCCCUGAACCUAUAAUUUGGAAUGUCAUUGUGAUCUUUAAUUUUUUUUCCUAUUCUCUUAGUAUAGCACCUUUUAAAAUAUAAAAGCUACCAGUCUUGUACAAGUUGUAAAUGUUCCGAAUUGUUUUAUAUCUGUGAAAUAAAACUUAUUUCAAAUAA